AUGCGCAAAGAGGCAACAGGAAGGCGAGAAGGCAAAAAACUGGCGGAAGUCGUACAAGAAGUAGGGCAAUCUCCACUAUCAAGGAUCAUGUUAUCCAAGCCAUUUCCAAGGAAAUGUUCGCUGCCUACAUUUGGGACUCCCUUCAAUGGGACUGGAGAUGCCAUAGAACAUCUCAGAUCUUACAGAAUGACGUUAACUCAAUGGAACCAUUACGACAUAGUAAUGUGUAGAUUAUUUCCAGUUAGUCUAAAAGACGAGGCCCUGAUGUGGUUCAACAACCUACCCAAGAAGUCGGUCAAAUACUUUGACCAUUUAACAGAAUUGUUUCUCGAGGCGUACAUACAUAAUAGCCGAGUCAAGCCAGAAAUUGAUAUGUUAUUUCAACUCGCCCGAGGACCAAACGCGUCCCUCAGAUCCCUGGUGGCUCGCUGGAGAAAAUUAUGUGCCGAGAUCGGGAGAGUCCCAGAGGCUUACACGAUCUUAGGAUUUAAAAAUAUUUUGAGGAAAACAGAUCCUAUAUUCGUUCGAAUGUACGAAACUAUGCCGCCGAAUCUGGGAAAACUAAGGGAGAUCCAGGAGGACUACAUAGCCUUGGAAGAACUCCAAGAUGGAACCUAUGAUAAAUUGGUGAAAGGAACUAGUAGGGGAGCCAAUGUGGUAGAACCACAGGACCCUCAACCACCCAUCCGAGGAGCCGGACGACCCAACAAUGGUCAACCCAUUUCGAUACACAUCGAAGUGGAGGAUGGAGAGGGCGAGACCAAGCCCAACCGAAGAAAGAGAAGUUUGUGGACCCAUCACCCAAAAGAUUCAUGCAGAGACCUGAAAAAGGUAGUGCAUGAUCUGGUUGAUGAAGGAAAGGUUCCGGAGUACAUCGCGCAGCCAGCGAUCCAAUCAGUGGCAGGACCACCCGUACAUCGUGCAGAAAUACCACGCGAGGCGCAAUACUCGGGGUGCAAUACAAUUUCGCACUCGGCAGUCACUAUGCCAGAUGCAAAUAUUACAUGGCGAAUCCAUAAACGCAACUUCCAAGGAGAAGAACUUUUCUGCGUGUCCAAGGAACCUCCCAUGGAGGAUUGGAUGAAAAUCCACAUAACAUUCUCAGCCUUCGAAGCACCGGAUAAUGGACAAAAUCACAAUGACCCAUUAGUGGUCACAAUGGCCAUUGCACUCCCCGAAACCGAAGGAGUAGAUGAAAAACUUAAAGGAUUGCCAUGGGAAAUGCCUAAAGUAUACUAG